GCUCAAGGCGCUUUGUUGUUCUUUCGGGACAGAAAGACGGAAAAAUAUUUUAAAUUAGUAGUGAAUGGUCGGGGUUAAACGAAAAUAACAUUUCACUUGGUUUAGCACAAUCUAAAGCCGGCCAAGCGUGGAGCUUAACCGCUGUCGUCUGGUGAAAAGUUGCGCAUUUGUGGGACAAAAUCAGCUCAGCAGUGAGCUAGCAUUAGCCUCUUCGGGAGUGUGUCCAGAUUGGAGCGGAAGGAAUUCAGCCACUGGGAAGAACUGGAAAAAUCUACUGGGAUGCCUCACGCAAGUUGGAAAAAUCUGCAUUUUACAGUUCCGCCUGGAAUCACGGCACUAUAAACCUGAAGUAUGUGUUCGUUUGACUGAUAACAAAUUGCAGGAACAAUUUGAUGGUGGUUGUGUAAACGUUAGCGUGCAAGUUUAGCGAGUUAGCCACGUAGCUACGUAGCCUUCGGUAGGAAGACAUUUAAAAUGGCGGAGGGUUGGCCCAUUCCUUCGGCCCUUGUCUUCAUGCUGUUCGGUUUGAGUGCCUGGGCCCUUGAGUCUUGUCCUGCUCCUUGCUCGUGUUCAAGAGGACAAGGUGAGGUCCGGAUUCUGGACUGCAACAGGAAAAGACUGUCGACGCCUCCCCUGGACUCUCUAGAUGGGAUAACCCAAGUCACCAUGAAUCACAAUGAGCUGACUGUUCUUCCGUUUCUUGGGGAUGCUUCGUCAAACAUCACCUCACUGUCAUUAGUCCACAAUCGGAUCUCAGAACUGUUGAUGCAUCAGCUGCAGCCAUACAUUUCCUUGGAGACCCUAGACCUGACAUCCAACUCCAUCUCUGAGCUCAGAGUUGGAUCCUUCCCCUACAUGCAGCUGAAAUAUCUGAAUUUGAGUAAUAACAAGAUCAGCGUCCUUGAGCCUGGCUGUUUUGAAAACAUCUCCAGCUCCCUGCUGGUGCUGAAGCUGAACAGGAACAGAUUAGUUGUGCUGCCAUCCAAAGUCUUCAAACUUCCUCAGCUUCAGUUCCUUGAAAUGAAGCGCAACAAGAUCAAGAUAGUGGACAGCCUGACAUUCAAAGGGAUGGACUCACUGAAAUCACUGAAAAUGCAGAGGAAUGGCAUCACCAAGCUCAUGGAUGGAGCCUUUUUUGGACUUAAUAACAUUGAAGAACUAGAGCUAGAACACAACAACCUAACUGAGGUCAACAAAGGUUGGCUGUAUGGCCUGCGCAUGCUGCGUAUCCUGCGGGUCAGCCAGAAUGCUGUCGGCAUCAUCCGACCAGACGCCUGGGAAUUUUGCCAAAAGCUGGAGGAACUGGACUUGUCCUUCAAUCAUUUGACUAGACUUGAGGAGACAGCUUUCGUGGGAUUAGGCUUACUGGAGAGCCUGAACCUGGGAGAGAACUCCAUCAGCCAUUUGGGAGAAGGAGUGUUCAGUGGCCUGUCAAGUCUUCGUACCCUAGAUAUCCGCAACAAUGAAAUCUCUUGGGCCAUUGAAGACUCCAUUGGUGUAUUUGAUGGAAUGAAGAAGCUAAACACACUAAUCCUACAGCGGAACAAAAUCAAAUCAAUCACUAAGAAAGCGUUUGAGGGCCUGGAGGAGCUGGAGCACCUGGACCUCAGCAAGAAUGGCAUCAUGUCGAUACACCCCGAGGCGUUGUCCCACAUGAAGCUCAAAGUGUUCGUCCUGAACACGAGCAGCUUGCUAUGUGACUGCCACAUGCAAUGGUUGGGGCCUUGGCUGAUUGAGAGUCAGUUCCAGCAGUCUGUCUCUGCUGUCUGUGCGCACCCUGCGAGUCUACUUGGUCACAACGUCCUGUCCAUCAGCCCAGAAGAGUUUGUUUGUGACGAUUUCCCCAAACCUCACAUCACAACUCACCCAGAGACGUCCGUGGCGCUGCGGGGAAACAAUGUGACUUUGAGCUGUGUUGCCUCCAGCAGUAGUGAUUCGCCAAUGACCACAGCGUGGCGGAAGGAUGGAGAGGUGCUGUAUGACGCGGAAGUCCAAAACUACGCCCGGUACCAGGAGGGAGAGCUGAUCUACACCACUAUGCUUCACCUCCUCAAUGUCAACUUUACUGAUGAGGGGCGGUACCAGUGUGUGGUCUCCAAUCAUUUUGGCUCCAACUACUCCAACAGGGCCAAGCUUACUGUCAAUGAGCUGCCUUCCUUUCUUAAGACUCCCAUGGACCUGACAAUCCGGACUGGGACUAUGGCCAGGCUGGAGUGUGCGGCUGAAGGCCAUCCAUCACCCCAAAUUGCUUGGCAGAAAGAUGGAGGCACUGACUUUCCUGCUGCCCGAGAGCGAAGGAUGCACGUGAUGCCGGAUGAUGACAUCUUCUUCAUUGCUAACGUAAAGACAGAGGACAUGGGAGUGUACAGCUGCACGGCUCAAAAUGCAGCUGGCAGCCUGUCGGCAAACGCUACUCUCACUGUCCUGGAAACUCCAUCCUUCAUGCGGCCGCUGGAAGACAGAACAGUGGCCCGUGGUGAGACUGCUGUGCUUCAGUGUAUAGCUGGAGGUAGCCCUGCCCCCCGUCUCAACUGGACCAAAGAUGACGGACCUCUGGUUCUCACAGAGCGCCACUUCUUUGCUGCUGCCAACCAGCUUCUCAUUAUAGUAGAUGCUGGUCCUGCUGAUGCUGGGAAAUACACCUGCAUCAUGUCUAAUACAUUGGGAACAGAGCGCGGCCACAUCUACCUCAGCGUCUCGCCGUCACCAAACUGCGACACGGGUGCAGGGUACGACCAGGACGGCUGGACCACGGUGGGCAUUGUGGUGAUUGUAGUGGUGUGCUGUGUGGUUGGAACCUCGCUGGUCUGGGUCAUUGUCAUCUAUCACAUGCGCAGAAAGAGCGAGGACUACAGUAUCACAAACACAGAUGAGAUGAAUUUGCCAGCAGACAUCCCCAGCUACCUGUCCUCUCAGGGUACUUUGUCAGAGCCUCAGGAAGGCUACAGUAACUCCGAGGCUGGCAGCCACCAGCAGCUCAUGCCUCCUCUCUCUAAUGGAUACGUCCAUAAGGGGACAGAUGGUGUGUGUUAUGGAGACACAAGCAGUGAGGUGGAAACUGAGGCAAAUGGCAUGCUGCACUGCAGGGUUGGCUCUCUGUUCCCUGGCCGUAGCAGCUUCCACCCUGGGGAGUCCCGUGAGGGACUAGCUGGAGUCCCCACAGGUGGUGCAGGUCAGCUGGUCAUCUGCUCCGACUGCUACGAUAAUGCCAACAUCUACUCUCGCACACGGGAGUACUGUCCCUACGCCUAUCUGGGGGAGGACGACCCGCUGGACAAAACUCUACCAGGGCUGAAGGAGAGCUUCAGCGAGCAUGCCCAGCAUGAGGACACGACACUGGAGAGCCUCAUUAGCAACCAGGACUCCGCUGUGUUUCUCACCUCACAUGACAAAAGGCUGAGCAGCCACAGUCCGCCGGACCACUACGCUAAUGAUUCCCUUAGCAGGUCAUUCUGGGGAGAAGGGGAAGAUCUGUCCUCGAAACCCCAACCAGGAGUGUCCCAGCACCCAGUGACUGUUCACAGGACACCUCCUCUGACUUCCACUGCAGACAGGGCAGAGGAACAGAGUGAAGCAGAGGUGGACUACUUACCCGGCCAAUGCACACAGGACCACAGAAGUGCCUCUAAUAGGACUAACCCUCAGGAGCAUCCUGCUCCCACAUAGGUCCUUACACUCCACCCAUGUUCUGCCUCUCACUCCUCGUUGCUGCACCCCUUCCCCCUUUACCCACUACCUCCAAAGAGACUCCUCACAUUCUGCCAAAGAUGCUCUCUUGAAUGUUUACAUUCCCCUUUCACUCAAGAGGACAUGCUAACGUUCCUCACUGUGGAAAGACUGCUGUGUCAGGCUGGAUAAAUGGACUGGUGAUUAAAGUGACCUCCUCCUUGACUCCUCCACCUCUGCAGGAUCCCUCUUUCCCACAUCCUCCACCUCUCUUCUUUUUUUUUCUCUAUAUAGAGAAAGCUAUGAAUGUAUGCUUUAAAGAGCCAUGUUGGAUGGGAUCCCUGCUGCUGUGGGGCUGAAAUUGUACGCUGGUGCUCUACACACCGGCAGAUUGUUUCAUCAUUCCUGGUACAGACACCUGUUGGAACAGCCUGUAUGACUUUGGUAGAAAUUAGGAACCAUCUUUUCCCAACUGGGGAAAAACGGGUUUAAAUGGUGGGACAAUUGUAGUUCCCUCACCAGCAGAUUGUGGUGGUUAAUUUAGGUAAGAACCUUGAAAGCAUAUGUCCCACAUUCCCACAGCUAUUCUGACUGACUCUAAACUAUGCUAUGUAGUAUCCUGUUAUGCAAAUUCCAGAGACAGUGACACCAAAAUAUGGUGUAUAUUAUGAAUAUAUCUGAAUAUAUCCUAUAUCAUCUUUAUGUGAUCUUGUUUUUGUCCUAUGUCAAACACAAUUGUUAAUUCCUUCACUUUAUACCUUCGUAAUGAUAAGCAGUUUGGGGAGAAAACGUUCAGUUCUUUUAUUUGCACAUGUGACAAUCAUAGUUUUGCUGGCUAUUUUCUGAUGGUUGUCUAUUGGAUGGCCUUUUUUUUUAACAAGCAUUCUCAGUAACCUCAGUCAGGUGACGUUAUGGUUUAUAUAUAUAUACAUUAUGCACUGAUUUGUUUUCCCUUCUAUGUCUCACAGGCACUUAAAUUAAUGGUGGUAACCUUUAUUAUGCAGUGUGCAUGCUGUUUUACAUUGCGAGGAUUUAUCAUCACAGUUUCUUCUCAAAAAGUUCAUGACCCUUCCAUAGAAAUCGAUUAAGCCUAGGUUUUCACUUGGGACUGUGAAAAAUGAGAAUGUAUUUUAUUAUUUUAUACAUGUAUGUAUGUAUGUGUACAUAAGGCUAGUUAUCUAUUAAAUUCCAUGUCCUACUAGUUUAUUUGCAGAGAGGUUUGAGACUUAAGCUGCAGUAAAACAUUAAGCUUAUUAAUUUUAAGUCUUUAUUGUCCCAGCGUUUUCCAGAUGUUUUUAUAUGUUGGUUCAGGUAACAAGAUGACACCUUUUCUUCAGAAAUGGGUGAAACUUUCCUCACAAGUGAAAGACAAUAAUCAAACAGCCUCCAACUUCAGCAAACUGUACCUUUUUUUUUUUUUUUUUCAAAUGUCAGCUUUUACAUUGCUUUCAGGAUUUGAAAAUGAAAAGGUCUCUAGUGUAAAAGAAUGUGGGCUUGUGUAGUCAGGUUUGAUCACUAGUUGUCUUUAAAAAUCCUCUUCAUUAUUGCACUUCAGAGAAGCUUAGAUGUGAUUGGCUUUGCUUUGUUUGUGACUCAGAAGACUUACACUCAGUUGGCAAUUUAUUAGGGACACCUAGCUAAAGCUAAUGCAGUUUAAUGCAACAGUCCUGCAAUAAAUCCUCCCUUCAUGAUGGUUAUAAAGUUCAGCUUGUGUUGAAACUUUUUUUUUUUUUUUUUUUUUUUUUUGGGAGAUGUUGGUUCAGCUGUGUGGUCAUUUUCAAGGUGUAAUUUGUUGUGCUGUUGAACUGACACGUGUUUCUAUUAUUUACGUCCAUUUAGAUUAAUGAGAGCAGGCUAAAUAACAGAAACACGUCUAUAUCAUACUUACUUAUCAUGGAUAUGAUAUCUGACGACCAAUUCCCUCCUAUAUUUGAAAGUUUCUUUUCGUAAUAAUGAUAAUAAUAUUCCCAUUAUGUUGAUGUUCCUGGAGGACUUGCCAUGUUCCUUUUCUUCCUGUUGUAGUGGUACUUUGAAUGUUCGAGGGUACUGAGUUCACAGCUCACAAAGUGUGACCUUGCCAAACGUGUUAUUGUCAGUUUUGAUCAAUAACUACUCAAAAUUGACCACACGUGUGUGUUAAGCAGCAAAUGGUAUGGUUAUAUCUCCACCUCCUCUGUGGUACGUGCAGAUGCAGUAUGAAUUGCAUGUCAUUCUUGCAGUCUUUUGGUUCUGACUUGUUUUCCUAUUUUGUCCGUUAUGUUUGCCUUUUAAUCACCAAAUCAGCACAUCCCAAGCCUGUUCCUUUGAAUGUGGUGUUAGCUAGAAAAAUAAUUAUCAAGUGGUUUUGCCAAAAUCAGCUUGACUUUUCUGAGUUCCUCUAUAUUUUGACACACUCCUUGCUUCAGUGGAAGCAAAUUUUGCUUUUUUUUUAUGUUUUCUGACUGCUUUCCAAGGUCAAUUUCAUGCCCCUUUUCGAGUGAUAGAGGAAUUAAAAUGAAAACUUGCAGUGAUAAGUCAUCCUAAUGGAGUUACAUGUCCAGGGGGCAUACAUCGAUUCAGUGUUCAAUAUUCUCUGCCAACACAGCGUAACACAAUGUGCAUUUGUAUUGUUUUAUUCUCUGAACGUCCUUUAUGACUUUAUACCAAAGUUUAGCAGUAACUGCUCUGGCAAUAUCCAAUGCUGCUUGUUUUUGUAUCAUUGAAGUUUUGCAUUUUGUUUUCAUUAGUAUUUUUGGACCUUGUUUACCUGUACAUUCUGUAAAGCAUGUCUAAAGAGCCUUUUUGUUACGUAGCCAUUACUCAAACAUUAAACAUGAAUUCUGAUAAUUUGGUUUGAAUCUUGAUUGUCUGUCUCAAAGUUGUUUUAGGUAGAAGUGGGAUAAUUUUCAUUCAUCAAAUCAACAGU